CGAAGACUCAAGGUCGCUGAACUGAUAAAGCGGUAACCUCAAUCUAUUGUUUCGGCACAGUUGUGAAAAUGUUGUCAUUUAUUUUUCGAAGACUUCUGAGUCGACUCUAUUUUCGUACUCCUAAUUUGAACCCAUCUUUCCGAAGUCCUAUUCCUAAGGCUUUUGUUUCAAGCUCGCCGGCCUUUGUAUAUAGAUCUCAUGCUUGUGGUGAGCUGAGCACGCGACAUAUCAACUCUACCGUUACAGUAUGCGGGUGGCUUGAACAUUGUCGACUGUCAUCUCGUUUUCUUGUUCUUCGUGAUGAUCGUGGUUUAAUACAAAUAUAUUGUGAUAAAAAUUCUCUUCCAAUUCCGCAACUUACUUUUGAGUCUGUCCUGAGAGUGACAGGUAAAGUCCAAGCACGUCCGGAAAGGGAUGUAAAUAAGCUUAUGCCAACUGGCGAAAUUGAAAUAGUUGCCGAAAGCAUUGAAAUCCUCAGUCAUUCGUCUUUAAUUUCCUUUCUUCCGAAAGAUGCAGCGAAUGUCAACGAAACAGAAAGAUUAAAAUAUCGUUACCUUGAUCUUCGUUCGUCGAAUAUGCAAAGGAACAUGCGGUUUCGUUCAUCUAUCACUUUGCAAAUGCGAAGCUUCUUGUGUCAAAAUAAUGGUUUUAUUGAAAUCGAAACUCCAUAUUUGUUCAAAAUUACUCCAGGGGGUGCCCGUGAGUUUAUUGUACCUACCAAGUUUCCUGGAUUAUGGUACUGCUUACCUCAAAGCCCUCAACAAUUCAAACAACUUUUGAUGAUAAGUGGAUUUAGUAAAUAUAUGCAGAUCGCCAGAUGUUUUCGAGACGAGACUUCUAGAUCUGACAGACAGCCCGAAUUUACUCAGUUGGACAUAGAAAUGGCAUUUAUCACUCCAGAUGAUAUUUAUGAAAUAAUUGAGAAUAUGUUGUUAUAUAUUUGGCCUACAGUUCAGAGCACUUCAGGUUGUCGGCCGAUUUCGGCACCUUUUUUGCGCAUGAAAUAUUGUGAUGCUAUGUCACGAUAUGGAAGUGACAAACCAGAUAUACGCUUUGGUUUCUUAUUUUCAUAUUCCGCUGUUGAUGGACACACCGGUUUUAAUAUACCAAGGAAAUACUAAUUUCUUCCCACUUUUCUAAUAAGAAACGUGGAAACCUUGAACAGUUUGGAUUUACUCCAGGCCCUUUAUUGUUUACGGUGUAUAUCUCGUAUAAUAUUGGCUUUCUUCUUCUUUCAGUCAUCGAGUUUAAGUGCUGAAGAUUGGGACUACUUGGAGGAUUUGGUUUUUCGCCUAACGGGCCAAAGAAUAUCAAUCUUUGCAGUUCAAAAUAUCAAGUCAAAACACUUGGACUUACUAAAUUUAUUAAAGCCGGAGUGUGGUGAUUUAGUCGUCUUCAUUAAAGGAAAUACAGAAACUGAGGUAACAAUUACCCUUCAGAUUGAUUGGUUUUUGCCUACUAGUUAAAAGCAUUGGGAAUGGCACGGGUUGAAGUCGCUAAGCUUAUUGAUUCGAAAGGUGAUAUCUUUUUCUAUUUCAUUAUUUGAUCAGCUAGCUUUUAGAUAUCGACUACAGUUAUAUUCUUUUAGUGGUAGUUGUGUAUUUUUCGAAUGAGCAAACUACUUCAUAUACUAAUCACUUACUGAACAUUAACUGGAGUUAACAAGUCUUGUUCCUAAUGUUAACUUUGAUAAUGGGUGACGUCAUUACAAACCGCAAACAGACAAAUACUACUGAACAGCGUAUUAAUAAACUUGCAGUCUAGGUAGAGAACUUAAUUCUUAUUGAUACUAUUUAACAAAAUUAGGGCGGUAGUUUAGCGGUUAAAACAUUUGAUUUUCGAUGUGGGUGCCACCUACUUCGGUUCCAGCUUGUCGAUAGUGUCAGGAUAUCGAUAGAAAUUAUCUACCCAGCUAAUUGCACGAUGUUUGCUAAAAAUUUCCUAAAUAUGCUUCUAACCAAAGACAAAAUGUUUACCACAGAAAAGCAUGACAUAAAAAAGAAAUAACCAGUUUAUCUGAUGACUUUCCCAUGUUUAUUAGUAAUUACUGAAUUCGCCAGUGAAUCGUUAUCAGGCCUGUUCGUGCGCUGACCACGGCUGGAAUAUUUAUUCAAAACUAUGUCAGAUAGUAAACCAUAGUAUCGGUUUCCGUCUUUUCAGAAGGAAUUCGGCUAUCCUAUUUUUUGUCCUCCAAAUGCUUAACAUCAGUUAGAAAGUUACUGAGUCAGUUCACGAUGUGUCACUCAUCUUUUUGGAAUACAUAUUAGAGGUCAACAAAUGAUGAAGUUUUCGUCAGAGCUUUUUUUAUCUUACCAUCAAAAUACCUUAAUUCUCUUAUUUUUUUAAAUUUUUCUAUGGGAAUAGUGUUAACUAUCUAAACAUGCUUAUCUGUAAUUCUACUAGUCACGUUGAGGGUCCUUAAGAAUUUUAAAUGAAAUCCUUUAACAAUUAAAAUGAGUUAAUUAGAUCUUUUAUUUUAAACAGAUCGCACACUUAACAUAUUUUAUCUUGCUUAUGAUCAUGUACAUGUCGGUGUUAUUUAUUUCCGAUCAGGCGAAAUUUGAACAUCUUUAACUUUUAGAAGAGCCUAAAGAUCAUACUUUCAUUUGCUAAUACUUUGUUCCAUCCAGUUGGAUUUAGUUAAACUUGCCCGAUCUUUAUGAAUUAUAUGCCUAUGAUUAUCUUAAGUUCUAAUGCUGGAAAUAUAUGUAAUUUCAAGAAGCAUUCAUAUUUAAUUGUUCAUUUAUAUCACGUAGCCCCGACGAUUGGGCAUAUAUUACAUUGAUAUGAGAUUUUCAGUUCUUGCUUCUGGUUUCAGGCAGAAGUAACUUUAUUACGCUUUUCCGUUCAUAUUAAAGGUUUGUCAAUAUAUGAACCUGGAUUCCAUUUCCUUUGGGUAAAUCAAUUUCCAUUGUUUGAAAAAAAUAACUUGGGUAUGUGUUGUAAACAAAAAAGGAGAUGUAUAUUGUAGUGAAUUGGAUUUAUGCUAAUUGUUGUGUUAAUUCGUUCGAGAAUACAUUGAAUGUAAUUAAGCUUCAAAGAAGAUUCUCGCAUGUAAUCUCGAGUUUUCUUUCGAAUUCGUUGUAUUGUGCACAUGAAAACAUAAUUCGUGAAAUGUUCAUUGUUAAUAGUCGGACUAUUCAAUCACUAACCCUCCUGUCAUUUUGAAGAUAGGACACUAGAAAAUUAAUAUUGUGGUUAUGAGAUCUGAAAUUUCAUGUGUUGCUUUAAAAACUUUCACUUAGCAAUUGUAGCCCUCGUAUAUGUUGGCCGUGCUAUUGAGAAAUAUUAAUAUAUCCACUUGGAGAGACUGAUUUCUACCCAUCUGUAAUAAUAAAAGUUAGGUGAAACCCUUGAACGAAUUCCAAGUGACCCUGAUGAAUUUCAGCUAAUCACAAAGCAGUUGGCAUAGAUUAAGAAUUUAUUAUACAAAUCCAAAAAAACAGAGUGGAUACACUUCUCUAAUAUGUCUUAAAAACUUACCCAGAUUAGAAAGAGGCCCUGUGCCUCUGAAAUCGUGAUGCAUACGAUACAGGAAUUCAUCUAUGUGACUUCACAACAGUCAACCUCUGGAUCCGUGGUGAUGUUUCAGAAAUUCUUUUAACCUUGACCACAAUGUUUCAAAAAGUCCUCGUUCUUUCAGACUUCUUUCAAUAUAUUUUACGUCGAAAUACCAUAUCGUCCCGAUAGUUUGCACACUGUUCAACAGUUAUUUUAAUGCCGCAAUCAUGAGUAAUUGAGGUUCUUAGUAGUCCCAUCUGUUGUAGCUGUUCAACUUUGACGUCAUUCUUAAGAUUCGCUGUAAACUGAUUGUACGUGCUGAAAUAUAGAUAUCUGUGACCCUGAAAUCAUCUACUCAAUUCUUAUUGGCUCAUCCAUGAAUUAUAGUCUCGCCAAAAUUCGCCGCAGAAAUUACACUGAAUAUUAAAUUCCUUGAUUUGAGUAGGUCGUUUAUGAGUUCUUUACUUUACAAUUUAUUGUGGCCAGUCAUGUCUUGUAUGUUCUUAACUGUCCGGGACAAAUUGUCUUAUCGUUGGGUAGCACUUUGACUCAUUAGUAUCAUCACGUUAUUAUCUGUUUUACUGAUUGCUCUGCAUAAUCUUAUGUCAAUUUAUGCUCAUUACUCUUUCAUCGGAUGUAUUAUGUUCCUUACUACUUAUUUCCUUUAGGUCAAUGGAUAUCAGUGCAUCACCCAUUCACUGCUGCGUCGCCAGAGACAGCACAUUUCCUGUACACUGAUCCGAGCAAAGUCAUCGGUUUACAUUAUGAUUUAGUUUGUAAUGGUCAAGAAGUUGGAGGUGGUUCAAUUCGGAUACAUAAUCCUGAGGUACAAAGGUAUAUUUUUACCGAGAUUCUCAAGGUAGAUUUCUUAUAUAUAUGCAUAUAAUCACUAUUAUUUCAGGAAAAUUCUUGUGAAAUGGAAUACUUUUUAACUGCCCUGAAUUCUGGAGCUCCACCGCAUGGUGGGAUUGCGUUAGGUCUUGAUCGUCUAAUUGCAAUAUUUGUAAAUGCCAAAUCAAUCAGAGAUGUAAUUGCUUUCCCAAAAGCGGCUGAUGGGAAAGAUCUCUUAUGUGGGACACCAACUAUGGUAGAUGAUGAAAUCUUAUCACAGUAUUGCAUUUCUGUUUCUAAUCUGAAUAAAAGUUGAUUUCCAAGCG